UAUACACAGAGCCUCUCACGUCGUAACCGCCUGAUUGUAACAUCAACAACUCAUCGCCAUGGUUCUACUCACAAUGACGGCGUCCAUCGUGGACGCGCUGAAGCUGCUCAAUGACCAGCGCGAAACGGACGACUGCAACAACGAUGCCAGCGAGCAGCGGCCCAAUGCCGAAUCAUCAUCACCAGCCUCAUCACCAGAGCCAACAGUUGGCAAUCCCAUCUCCCACAGCGACAUCAUCAACCUCCACAGAAAACUCAAGGCUUCGCAGUCAUCAGCACCAUCAAAGUACAGCCUGGAACAGCUGCUCCAGGGCUCCCGCGUCUACAUCCCGCCGCCUCCACCCAAACCCGAGCCAUCCGAAGAAUACAAGGCCCUCAUGGCCCGCCUCCGCCGCGAAGAAGACGCCCGCUCGUACGAACGCAUGAUCAACCCGCCCCCUCCGCUCGAGACGUUCCAGCACCGCUUCCCCCACGCCGCCCGCGCCUUCGCCGAGGCAAACCGGCCCUCCAAGACGGAAGACCUCGGGGACGACGAGGUGACGGUCAACGAGAUCCACCGCCAGGUGAUGCUCAUCAUCAACUUCCUCGUCAGCAUCGCCGGCGUCGCGGUGUCGCUGUGGAUUGCCGGUCGGUGGUGGAGCCUGUCGUCUCGGAUAUUCCUGGCUCUUGGAGGCAGCAUAGUGGUUGCCGUUGCGGAGGUUGCCGUCUAUUCGAGUUACAUGUGGAGAUUGGGCGAUGCGAAGAGCAAGCAGGGUGCGGUCAAGGAGAUUAAGGAGGUUGUCCGGACGUGGAUCGUG